AUGAACCCGACCGAGCCACGUCCUAUUUCCGGCGAGCCAUUUUCAGCAGUCCAAGCAGCAAAGUCCAGCGAGAGCAGCAGACCUGGCCCGACGACCGAGUUCCGAUUUUCUGGCGAGCAUCUUCUGUCUGCGGCUGAAACAUCACUCCGAAUGCGAGCUGAUAACCACCACCGGCAGAGAGACCGAGAAACGCAUCCAAGGCCCUUGUGCCACCUGAAAACCAGCCGCAGCAAGCCCUGCCAUCUCCGUGAGCUCAGCCAUAGCCGAGGAGAACCCCGACAGACCCGCACUGGUUUAGCCGUCACCGAAAAUCCUUUCUUCCCUUUUCACCGAGAAAGAGUUAAGGUUCCAUACUUAAAGCCUUAG